UUCAAACGGUUCUGAGUUUCGUUUAAGCCGGUGGUCGAGAAACUUGCCUUAACAUAACAGCGAGCAAAAAUUCGUUAAUUUUUUUAAUGGUGAUAAAAGUGAAGAGUUAAAAAAAUAAAAAUGUUCAAUAGUUCAAGAGAAAUGAUUAAUCGGAAACCAAAUCCGAAAGAGAAAGCAAAUUUUUUAUCCAACAUCACUUUUUUUUUUACCCUUGGAUUAGUUGGAAAAGGUUUAAAACAAGAAAUCAAAGAAGAAAACAUCUACCAAACAAUUCGCAAACACGAAUCAGGAAGAUUAGCCGAUAACUUAGAACACGAAUGGAUUAAAGAACAAUCAGAAGAUGAUCCUUCUUUAUUUAGGACAUUAAGAAAAGCAUUUGGAAAAGAAUUUUUAAUUUACUGUUGCAUCCAAAUCCUCUUUAAAACACCCACAACAAUUCUUCGUACAAUUUCGUUAAGAGAAAUCUUAGAUACGUUCGAUAAAAAACGUACGGAAUCAGAAACAGCGCUUUAUUAUGGAACGGCAUUUAUUUUGUGCACAAUUUUUUUAACAAUAUACACCCACACCUACUUAUUGUGUAUGCAAGAAAUUGCGAUGAAAAUCAGAGUGUCUUUAUGUUCGCUGAUCUACCGGAAAUGCAUUCGAUUGAAGUCGUCAACAAUAGGGGAGUUUACAAUAGGUAAUCUGGUGACCUUAGUAUCGAAAGACGUGAGGGAAUUCGAAAAUUUCGUCAUCACCUUUCAAGAUUCAAUUGUCGGCGUCAUACACAUUUUCGUUUUUGUUUAUCUGAUGUACAUACACGUUGGAGUUGCUUCUCUAAUCGCAGUCGGUUGUAUUUUAAUGCCAUUUCCUUUGCAAGUUUGGUUGAGCAGGAUUGCCACGAUGAGGAGAUUAAGAUCGGCCAUUCAAACCGAUAAAAGACUUAAAAUUGUCGAAGAAGUUUUAUCAUCUAUAAGAAUGAUUAAAAUGUACACUUGGGAAAGCUAUUUUAUAAAGAAAAUGAACGAAUUUCGAAGAAACGAAAUUUUCAAUUUACGAAUAAUAUUUUAUUUAAGAAAUCUCAUAAUGCAUAUAAGUCUUGUAGCUGUUCGAAUAGGUGUAUUCACAUCAAUUUUGUAUUACACCAGAAAAAGUGCUUUAGUAAUCCCGGCAAAUAUUUAUCUCAUCUUAAGUUGUAUGCAUACAAUUCGAAUGGUUACUGCCGUUGAUUUCCCAAAACUUUUAUAUUCAUGGGCUGAAAUAGCUGCGUCAAUGAAACGAAUUCAAAAUCUCCUUAUUUCCGAUGAUGCAAGUUUGUAUUUAACAAACGAAGAUGUCCCUCAAAUGAAUGCAAACGAUCCCUCAAUUGAAAUUAACGCGACAAUCUCCGUGAAAGAUAAUACAUCAUUUUUAAAAGCCGAUUUAAAGUUAGAAAAAAAAUUGAUUGCUUUAACCGGUCCUUUAGGAAGUGGAACAACAUUGUUUAUGAAAACUUUACAAGGUGAUUUACCUUAUAAAGGUGACAUAAAAAUUAAUGGUACAUUAUCUUACGCCGCCCAAGAACCUUGGUUAUAUCCAGGAACAAUUAAAGAUAACAUUUUGUUUGGAAAAACGUUUUCAAAAGAGCGAUAUCAUAAAAUCUUAAAAAUUUGUGCUUUAGAAAAAGAUAUUCACAAUUUUCCCAAUGGAGAUGAAACUUUCGUAAACGAUGAUGGAAUUUGUUUAAGCAGAGGCCAACAAGGAAGAAUAAAUUUAGCGCGGGCGUUGUACAAAGAGGCAGAUAUUUAUUUAUUAGAUAAUUGUUUAUCUUCAUUAGAUACAAACAUAAAAAAUCAUAUUUUUGAAAAUUGUAUGAAAUCAUUUUUAAAAGAUAAACUUUGUAUAUAUUCAACAAAUCGCGAUACUUAUUUUAAACAAGCCGAUGUUAUUUUAACAAUACGAGAUGGUCAAGUUGAAAUCGUUGAUAAUCACGAAAAAAUCAAGACGAUUCUCUUAGACAAACACGACGAUAUCGAUGAAGAUUAUUCGGGAAUAAUCUAUAAAAGCGGUUUAGUUGAGGCGGAUGAAAAAACGAAAUUAAUCGAUCAAACUCAAAAUAAUAUGUAUCACGAAGAAAAUAAAUUGGGAAAAGUACCAUUUAAAGUUUACGGAGAAUAUUUUAAAAGAUGUGGAUAUUUCCACAUCGUUUUAUUAUUACUCAUUUAUAUUAUUUAUCAAGGAGGUUCGUCAUUCUUUGAAAAAUUUAUCCAACAAUGGGCCGACCUUCAAGGAAUGUCUAAUCAAAUCACCAAUGCGACAAAUGCUACUAUUGUACGACGAAUUCAAAUUGAACAGGCCAAAAUGCCCAGAAUUUUCGGAGUUACCAUGGCUGCUAUUACAAUAGCUUAUUUAUUAAAAACUUACCUAUUCUUUUACAUGACCGCAAAGACAUCGAAAAAAUUACAUAAAAUGACUUUUACGAAUGUUAUUCAUGCACCAAUUGCAUUUUUUGACGAACAUUUAGUUGGAAAUAUCAUGAAUCGAUUUUCAAAAGAUGUUGGAACAAUCGAUGAGUAUAUCCCAUUUAUCACAGAUUCACUUUUACAGUACAUUUUCUUAUGUCUUGGGGCUUUAGUCUUGAUUGGAUUUCAUAGUUUAUUGAUUUUAAUUUUAAGUGUUGUCAUGAUUUGUAUAAUAUGGAUAAUAAGAUUUAUAUACAUGCCGAUUUGUAGAAGUUUAAAAAGAUUGGAAGCAGCAACAAGAAGUCCAGUUAUCGGUUUAUUAAGAACAAGUUUAGAAGGAGUUAACACAAUAAGAAGCAGUGGUAUGACCAGAAAACUUCGCGAAGAAUUCGAUAAACAUCAAAAUCUGCAUACUUCAGCUGAUUAUACCUACUUAACAGUAAACAGAGCUUUAUGUUUCUGCGUCGAGUUCAUCUUAUCUUUGUAUUUAGCUGGAGUUGUUUUCAUUUGUAUUUUUUAUUUAAACGGAUCAACCGCAGGAAAAGUUGGAUUAAUCUUAACUCAAGCUUACAGUAUAAGUAAAUUUCUUCAAUCUGUAAUAAGAUCGUUUACGGAUUUAGAAACACAAAUGACCUCAGUUGAGAGAGUCUUGGAAUACAGAGAUAUAAAAACGGAAAGUACCUCGGGAAAAUCUUACGAUAAUUGGCCGAGUACGGGAAAAAUCGAGUACAAAAAAGUGAAUUUAAGAUACCCAAAAACAAAUCAACUAGUUCUUAAAAAUCUUACGUUUUCAAUCGCCCCGAAAGAAAGAGUUUGUCUUAUCGGGAGAACAGGAUCCGGAAAAACAUCAAUGAUGUCCACUUUGUUUAGGUUAUACGAAACGGAAACCGGAAAAAUUUAUCUAGAUGAUACGGAUACAACAGAAAUGAAUUUGAAAACAUUGAGAAGUGGGAUAUCGAUAAUUCCUCAAAAUCCAAUUUUGUUCACCGGCGAUUUACGAUCGAAUUUAGAUCCAAACAAUAAAUAUCCAGAUAACGUUUUAUGGCAGGCGUUAAAUGAGGUUAAUUUGAAGACAAUGUGUUCGGAAACUAUAACUUUAGACACAAAGAUAAACGAAAAUGGAAAAACUUUCAGCGCCGGACAAAAACAAUUAAUUUGUUUAGCUAGAGCUUUAAUAAAGCGAAAUAAAAUUUUAAUUUUGGAUGAGGCAACAUCUUAUUUGGACAACGAUACCACAGAUGUCAUUGAUAAAUUAAUCAACACCAAAUUCUCAGAUUGCACCAUCAUUACGAUUCUUCACAGAUUAAAGACUGUAUUAAAUUAUGAUAAAGUUAUGAUACUCAAGGAUGGCGAUGUUAUCGAAUUUGAUAGUCCAAAUGUUUUAUUAAAAGAUAAGGGCUCGGUAUUUUAUAAUAUUAUGGCUAAUGAGGAUUAAUUUUUUGAGUACCUGAUAAGAUCUUUUUGUAUAUAAUAGUUUGUUAUAAGUUAAUUUUAUAUAUUUUUUAAAACAUUUUAAGUUCUUAAUAAUCUCUACUUAAUGUGUUAACAAAAAAAUAAUUUUAUGUGAAAAAUGCUAUGUUAAGAAUUUUUUUUAUUAAAUAAAACUUUAACAAUC